CAAUUUGGACGAUGAGCGAGCGCACAAUCUGGAAGGAUGCGCGGCAUGGGAAAGUACUGGAAGUGCAGCGGCGUCUCGCGCAAGGGGAGUUUGUCGAUCAAGUGGACGAACAAGGGGAUACUCCGUUGGUCCAUGCUGCGUCGAACGGCAAAGCGAACGUUAUCCAAGUGUUGCUGAAGCACCACGCAUCCAUCGAUGGACAGCGCAACGACCGCCUGUCCGCCCUCCUUCGAGCAGUCCAGAAAGGGUCGAUCGAGUCUGUCCAGCUACUCUUGGAGCAUGGAGCGAACGUGGAUUCCACGUUUCCUGACGGGAAGACGCCGCUGAUCUUUGCCGCGGGACAUGGUGUGGCCCCAAUGGUAUCGCUUCUUAUCCAGUUCCAUGCCAACCCUGACGCCCAAGACGAGACCGGCAACACGGCUCUUUUACUCGCGUCGGCCAACGGGUACCCUCGCGUGGUGCAGUUAUUAAUGGACGCUACGGCGAAUUGCAACCUUCCCAACUAUGAGCUCAAGUCCCCCCUGAGCGCCGCGGCGUCCGAAGGUCGGGCGGACGUCCUGCAUCUUCUCUUGGCCAAGGAAUCGUCCACGACGGACGUGGACGGAUGCAACGAAGAUGGAUGGACAGCGUUGAUUCAUUCAGCAGAUCGAGGCCAUUUGGAAUGCGCCAAAGUGUUGCUCGACCACCACGCGAACCUCGACGCGAUGACCACCAACGGGGCCACGGCGUUGUGGGUGGCCACGAAGCGCGGAUACAACGAAAUUGUUCGCCUCUUGCUCCACCACUCGACCAGUGUCGUCGAAGCCGCCGUGGGGGGUAUGACGCCGCUUAUGGUUGCCGCGGCGUUUGGUUACUUGAGUAUCGUGCAGCUCCUGUUGGACGCGUCAGCCAAAUUCGACGCCAAGAAUGCUGACGGAAAAACGCCAGUGGAUUUGGCCGUGGAACACAACCAUGCCAACUGCAAGGUGCUGCUUCUGCUGCGCCAACAACACCCGCUGUUGUACUAUGCAAAAGCUGGGGACUUGGCCAAACUCAUGGUGCAAGUGGCACACUGUGGCGCCCCAGACGAACGAGAUGAGUCCAAGAAGACGGCGCUCAUGUACGCCGCCGUCUCUGGACAUACCCACAUCGUCCGGUACCUCUUGACACUUAACGUGGAUAUGCAUGCAGCGGACAUGAACGGAGCGACCGCGCUGUCAUUGGCCUCUGGCGAGUGCCGUAUGGUGUUGGAGCGAGAAAUGCUGCACUUGAUGGUCCGCGAGGGCAAAAUCCUAGCCUUGCGCGAGCUAUUGGAGGAAAAUCCGGACUUGGACAUUGAACAACCGGACGAGCACGGCACGACGUUGCUCAUGACGGCCGUGGACUCUGGAGAAGCGGACAUCGUCAAGCUCCUGCUGGACCAAAAUGCUGAUCUGAACGCCCAACGGGGGGACGGCAAGACGCCGCUGGAGAUCGCGGCAGAGGGAAACCACGUCGGAUCCAGGGCGUUCUUGGAGAAGGAAGCGCUGUUCAGAGACAAGUUCCCGCUAUUAUACCAAGCCCGCAGCGAUAACGUCGACGCUACUCGACAGUUGCUCGAAGCUGGCGCCCCCGUCGACGAACGAGACGAUGAUGGGUGGUCGGCCCUGAUGUACGCGGCGUCAAUGAACAACGUGGGCGUGCUCAAGGUGCUGCUGCAGUUUGGGUCGUCGAUCGGCGGCAGCGACAAGGGCGGCAAGACGGCGUUCAUGGUCGCGCCAGACAAGGAAGCGUUCGUGAAGCUCAUCCUCGAGCAGAGUUCGUCCGAGCUGCGGUUCAGCGAACUCAUGUUCAAAGGCGCGAUCGAGUGCGACCCAAAGCUGGGCAAGGCAAUUCUAGACGAGUUUGUGAUUGAACGAGGCCGGUACAACUUUGAAUUCCGAGAACUUGACCGCAUCUACGGCAAGGGAGAAGUACACGAGUCGGCGCUGUAUUCGAUCAUGCAUUUGGACACGGCCGAGCCAGAGGCCAAGGAAUCGGUCAAGCAGUAUUGCCUCCAGCAUCCCAUGAUUCGACGCGUGUUGCAAUUGAAGUGGGAGUUUUUUGCCCAACGACUGUACAUUGAGCAGUUUUUGAUGUACGCGCUGCUGCUCAUGUCGAGCAUCAUUUCAGGCAGCUUUUAUCAACUGGAUGAAGCGCCUCGGAAUGUUCUGAAAGAAUUGGAAGACUUUUUCCAACCAGAUUGGACAUCGCCUCCGAUUCCAGUCGUCACUGGCGUCGACGGCACCAUCACGGAGCAAGUGGACAGCAGCGGAUUUCGCUUGGCAUUGAGCGUGUGGCUCGUGACGUUCGUGUAUGUCGUGGUGGCGACGAUCAUUGCGCACUACGGACUCAAACCCAAGCGGAUUUGCGCCUUGUCCAAAUGGUGUCGCGACGGCACGUACCUGGGAUUGGUCUGGUUCAUCGUUUGGGGCGAUUACACGGGACUGGACUGGUCGCAGCAAAUCCCAGACAUGAAGAAAUGGAAAAACCAUGCACUGAAUGUGCUGUUUUUGCAGUCUAUUUUCUGGACGGGGGUGUUUGGGAUUCCGCUGUUUGCGUACGUGGCCACGCGUACCGACGCACAAAUCAACGCGUCCAAGGAUUUGAUCCAGAUCUUCCAGAACAUUGUGCUGUGGCUGGCGGCGGGGUACUUUUUCCGGUGGGAAGUCAAGGAAAUGAUGGGCUACGGCGUCCGCAACUACUUUACCAGCGUCGUCAACUCGAUGCAAAUCAUCACGUUUUGCGUCAUCUUGUUCUUUUACGUGCCGUGCCAGCUCCAGAUCAUCCCCGAGACGGUCGUGUCCAGGCAGACGCAGUUGGUUUGCUCUGGGUUUACCACGCUGUCGCUGUGGGUGCUGUUCUUGCAAUUCCUCGAAAUCAUCCCCAGUGCAGGGUACUUGCUGCCCAUGAUGAAGGGUCUCAUGCGGGACCUCACGCGGUUUUCGAUCCUCUACGGUGUAUUUCAAGGGGGGUUGACGUGCUGCUACUACAUUCUGUUUCAAAGCAAACCCGGGCACGAAACGCUGCUCAAGUCAUUUAUCACGGUGUUUCUCGUGUUGUUUGGCCAACUGGACCAAGUAGUCGACGUAAUCGAGAGCGAAAAGGACAAGCAGCCGCUUUUGUAUGUCGUGGGGUACAUUCUGCUCAUGUUUCACUGCGCCGCGGCCAUCGUCCUCCUUCUCAACGUUCUCAUCGCCAUGAUGAACGUCACCAUGCAAAUGGGGCUCGAAAAUGCCCGCAUCGAAGCCCUCGUGUCUUAUGCGCACUGCAUUCUCCGCCUCGAACUAAGUCUGCAGCCCCAAGAACGACUGGAAAUGAUCUAUAUCAUUAAGCCUAAGUUCCUCAAAGAUCUCGACCCGGCCACGCUGGUGUAUGGCACUGACACGUCAUCUCUUACGUUGCGCAGCGUCCAGUUGAAGAACGUGGCUCACCAACGACCGGACGAAUCGCAGCCGCUCGUUUGUUCUGAUUCGGAACAAGAAGAAAGUGCUAUAAAACCCAAUGCCGUGGGUAUCUUGAACCCGGCGUUUUAUGACAAAACCCCCAAAAGUGAGUACGCGCCGCUGGUGGAAAUCCCAGACAACUCGACCGUUCAGUUCCAGAACGACGUCAAAGCGGCGCUGGCGACGAUCAAGAAGGAACACGCGCAGCAACUCCAUCAACUUAAAGUCCAAAUCGCCGAACUUACGAAAUCCAUCGCCGAUUUCCAAGCCACGACUGCCCCCAGUGGCAUGGUGUCCAUGUAGUACAACCAAAAAGCAAUGGAAUUUGUGAAAUACAGUAGGAACCCCCGUUAUAAUUCGUGGGCUUAAUAUGGUUGCUGUAUGAGGUUUCGCCAGUGGGACUACUAUACUAUUAAU